GGCGGCGGCGGCGGCAGCGGCGAUCCCCUCGCUCACCACGGCCGCUGCGAGCCCAUCACCAUCAACCUCUGCAUGAACAUCCCGUACAACGAGACGAUCAUGCCGAAUCUGAUGAAUCAUCAGAAGCAGGAGGACGCCGGGCAGGAGGUGCACCAGUACAUGCCGCUCGUCAAGAUGAAGUGCAGCCCGGAUCUGCGAUUCUUCCUCUGCACCGUCUACGCGCCCGUCUGCACCAUCAUCGACAAGGCGCUACCGCCGUGCCGGUCGCUCUGCGAGAGCGCGCGCUCCGGCUGCGAGAGCCUGAUGAACAGCUUCGGCUUCCUAUGGCCGGAGGCCCUCGACUGCGCCAAGAUGCCGGAGAACGGCGGCACCGAGCUCUGCGUGGGCACCAACGAGACCACCACGCCCCAGGAACCACCCGCCGCGCCCCCCGUCUAUCCCCCGGCCCGUAUGCCGGUGCCGGAGUUCCAGCCAACCUGGAACGAGGGACUCAAGCCCUACGGCAACGGUUUCGCCAUGGGCGCCAGGGACUUUGGCUUCGUCUGCCCGGUCCAGUUCAAGGUUCCUCACGAAUUAGGGUACUCGCUGAAGGUGGGCGACAAGGUGGAGCCCGAUUGCGGUGCGCCCUGCGACGGGAUGUUCUUCACCGAGAAGCAGAGAAAGUUCGCCAGGGUGUGGGUCGGCACUUGGGCCUCUGUUUGCGCCGCAUCUUGCUUCUUCACGUUCCUAACAUUCCUCAUGGAUACAGAUAGGUUUAG